AUGCCUCUAUCAGUGCAGCUGAAGACGCCAAUUACCGGCGAGUAUACUCAGCCAACCGGCUUGUUUAUCAACAACGAGUGGGUUGAGGGCGUUGACAAGAAGACCUUCGAGGUUAUCAACCCCUCUACUGAAGAGCUCAUCUGCUCCGUGAGUGAAGCCACAGAGAAGGAUGUCGACAUAGCAGUAGCCGCAGCCCGAAAAGCAUUUAACGGCUCAUGGCGCAAAACCACUCCUCAGCAGCGAAGUAUCUACCUAAUUAAACUGGCAGAUAUUCUGGAGAAGAAUGCGGAUUUAUUAGCUGCAGUUGAGUCCCUUGACAAUGGAAAAUCUAUUUCUAUGGCCAGGGGUGAUGUGAGCGCAGUUGUUGGCUGCAUCAGAUACUAUGGUGGUUGGGCGGACAAGAUCGAGGGUAAAACCAUUGACAUCAACCACGAAUCUUUCCAUUACACCAGGCAAGAACCGCUUGGAGUGUGUGGUCAAAUUAUCCCCUGGAACUUCCCUCUGUUGAUGUUGGCUUGGAAAAUUGGACCCGCUCUUUGCACCGGAAACACAGUUGUUCUCAAGACUGCCGAGCAAACGCCACUCUCCGGUCUCGUUUUUGCUCAGUUCGUCAAGGAGGCUGGUUUCCCUCCUGGCGUUCUCAACAUCAUCUCCGGAUUUGGAAAGAUAGCUGGUGCUGCCAUCGCUUCCCACAUGAACAUCGACAAGGUCGCAUUCACCGGCUCCACCAUCGUCGGCCGUGCCAUCAUGAAGGCCGCCGCAUCCUCCAAUCUCAAGAAGGUCACCUUGGAACUCGGUGGCAAGUCACCCAACAUUGUUUUCGACGAUGCGGAUAUUGAGCAAGCAAUCUCCUGGGUCAACUUUGGUAUUUACUACAAUCACGGUCAAUGUUGCUGUGCUGGUUCCCGAGUUUACGUACAAGAAGGAAUCUACGAUAAGUUUAUUGCGGCGUUCAAGAAGCGAGCAGAGGAGAACUCCGUCGGCGACCCCUUCGACGAGGGCACAUUCCAGGGCCCGCAGGUCAGCAAACUUCAAUAUGACCGCAUCAUGGGAUAUAUUGAGGAGGGUAAGAAGGGUGGUGCUACCAUUGAGACGGGUGGUGAGCGUCACGGAGAGAAGGGCUACUUUAUCAAGCCAACAAUCUUCACCAAUGUCACUCAUGAUAUGAAGAUCAUGCAAGAGGAGAUCUUCGGCCCUGUCGUGGCAGUAGCCAAGUUCAAGACCGAAGAGGAGGUUGUACAUCUAGGCAACGAUAGCACUUACGGACUGGCAGCUGCCGUACACACCAGCAACCUCAACACCGCUAUCCGAGUCAGCAACGAGCUACGUGCUGGCACUGUCUGGGUUAACAGCUACAACCUCAUUCACCACCAAUUGCCAUUUGGUGGUUACAAAGAAAGUGGCAUCGGCCGCGAGCUGGGCGAGGCAGCACUCGCUAACUACACGCAAAACAAAUCAGUGUCCAUCAGGCUGGGUGGCGCGAUGUACUAG